AUGGCUUCCCCUAGCGUUCUCACCUUUAACGCUGAGGGUCGGGCAGUGGACUUUGAGGUCUGGGUAGAUGAUCUGCAGCUUUUCCUGCAGUGCGAUAGGGCAAACGGCCUCUCCCUGUUCGACCUCACUUCUGGUGCCUCCCCUGCCCCUGCUGCUAAUGCUGACGCCACUGUUCGGUCACAGUGGGCCACACGUGACGCUGCUGCUCGCCUUGCUGUGCGCCGCCACUUACCGACCACUGAGCGUGCACACUUUAGCCAGUACAAGAGUGCUCAGACCUUGAACCACUUCCUCUCUGUUUGCCCCACCACUCUCACCGUUGACCUCCUCGAGAAGGCCCUCCUAGCGAUAGAGAAGAGCAUAUUCGCUGUAGGAGCCUCUCGUGGUGACCCUCGCACCCCCGUCUUUGAGGGGUGUUCUCCCUCCCCCCUCUUGCCCUCCGUUGCCUCUGCUGCUGCGGCCGACCUCGUUGGUUUCGAGUCGGUCGGCGCUGCGUCUACCCCGAGCGGGAGACGCCGCACUGGCAAGGGCAAGGGGGGCAAGGGCACUGGAGGAGGUGGAGGGGGCGGUGGAGGUGGUGGUGGAGGCGGUGGAGGGAGUGGGGGUGGUGGUGGGAGUGGUGCUGGGGGUGGCGGCGGCGGCGGCAGCAGUGGAGGCGGUGGAGAUCUGGCUGAGGCCGGGGUUUCUAUCUUUGAUCUUGACUUUGAUGCUAUUCUUGUUGCCAUGUAUGCUCUUGCUGAUAGUGUUGAGGGUGCGUGUUACCUGUGUGUACUGCCUGACCCGGGCAUUGAGGCUGCUGCGCUAGGUGCUGGUGAGACUUCUGCUCUAGGUGCUAGUGCGUCUGCUGCCCUAGGUGCCAGUGCGUCUGCCGCCCCAGGUGCUGGUGAGUCUGCUCUCUCAGGUACUACGUCGGCUCAGGCCUUCCACACCUUCACCAUGGACUCGGGUGCGUCCCGCUCCUUCUUUCGAGACCGCACCACUCUUACGCCGUUUAGUCGGCCGGUUGCAGUCUCCCUGGCAGACCCCUCUGGGGGUCCUGUCCUUGCUAGCUUCUCCACUGUCCUUCCGUGCCCUGCAGCCCCCUCUGGCACCCUGUCUGGUCUGUACCUCCCCUCGUUCUCUACGAACCUGGUGAGUGGAGCGGACCUACAGGAUCGAGGGGCUUAG